UCAGUGAAGGGGAUUCUCCGUAACCAGCUGUAGCUUAACGUGAUUUGUCACCUCAGUCACUCUCUAUUCCCCGUGAGGAAACGUUCCUUUUUCUUCUAAUCAUUACCGCUUCAACGUUUAAUUCCUCCGCUGGCAUGUUGAAGCUGUCAAUCAAACCUGUGGAAGGUACUCUCAAGCUGCACUGAGAGACAGAGAGAGUAGAAGAAGAGUAGAAGAAGUUUUAGUCCAGCUCAAAGGGCACCUUUUUUUUCAGUUCUCGGAUUCAUUCACCUUUUGAUUGAGACUAUAUACUAUGGUAAAUGAAACUAUGAAGACAGUGGUGUUACGGCAGAGGAUUUUUCUUAGCCAAACUCAAGAUCCAGGAUUUUUUAUUUAUCUCAAUUGAAAUGCACAGGAUAACCAGAUUCCUUGACGGAUCUGUCUGGACUCUUUUGGCUCUAGACAUACCUGCAGUAUAUGUGAAGUUGGGAGACCAGAGUGAGCUAGGUGAUGGUUCAACAGGCUAACAAAGAUAGAUGCUAAUUCUUUCUGUUCCGGCAUCCAGUCAGCUGACAAUCCAGCAAAUAACAAUCAAGCGAUGACCACGGUAUCCAUGGAGCCCCUGCUGGUCCUGAUGGAGCUGAUCCCCAACACCACCGACCCGCCUUUAGACUCCACCCCUUCCUCUUCCGAAGACACCGCCGCCACCUUCACAAUAGGCUGUAUUCUCUCCCUCAUGUGUCUGGUCGGCGUCUCCGGAAACAUCUACACCCUCGUGGUCAUGUGUCAAUCCAUGCGUUUCGCGGCGUCCAUGUAUAUUUACAUCAUCAAUUUAGCCCUGGCUGACCUGCUCUAUCUGUUGACCAUUCCGUUCGUGGUCUGCACGUACUUCCUGAAAGGUUGGUAUUUUGGCGAUGCUGGGUGCAGGAUUCUAAUCAGUAUGGAUUUUCUGACGAUGCACGCCAGCAUUUUCACGCUGACCAUCAUGAGCACGGAGAGAUACUUUGCCGUGCUGAAACCGCUGGACACAGUCAAGCGGUCAAAGAGCUACCGCAAAGCCAUUGCGGUGCUUGUAUGGGUGGCUUCCCUGGUCCUGACUUUACCCAUGAUUCUCAGUAUUCAGAUGAUGAAGGUGGGGAGCAAGGCCAUGUGCCAGCCGACUAUCUCACCGCUGUCCUAUAAGGUGUACAUCACCUUCCUGUUCUGUACCAGCAUUGUGGCUCCGGGGAUGAUCAUUGGCUUUCUCUACAUCGGACUGGCUCGUACCUACUGGAUCUCACAGACAGAAACCUUCAAACAGACCAAGAAACUACCCAACCAAAAGGUCCUCUAUCUGAUCUUCACCAUUGUACUGCUGUUCUGGGCCUGUUUCCUGCCCUUCUGGAUCUGGCAGCUCCUGGGUCAGUUCCAGCCCUCCAUCCAUCUCUCCACCAAGUCCAAGCGCAACAUCAACUACUUGACCACCUGUCUCACCUACUCCAACAGCUGCAUCAACCCUUUCCUCUACACGCUGCUCACCAAGAACUAUAAGGAGUACCUGCGGAAGCGCCAGCGUACCUGGACUGCGGGCAGCUACUUCAACCGAUGGAACCGGUUCCAGCGAUCACCAAGGAGGUCGCUGUCCUCCAGCAGCCAGCAGUGCACGGAGAGCUUCGUGCUCACACACACACCGUCUCUGCGCACCACGCACAACAGCAGCCUGUGAGGUAU